GCUCCCUUGCCACGCUCACACCUUCCGCUGUCGGACUCGCCCACGCCGGGUCGGACCUUACUUCGGAAGCCGUCUUUUCCGCUGUCGCUGUCACGUUGCAGAGGAGUUUUCUUUUCUUUUUCUUUUUUUUUUUGUGCUUUUUUUGGUUAUUUAUUUUUUUCCCGCUGAGAGCUGAGACAUCUAUCGGGACACGCGAGAAGAUGUUGCUGAAGGAGUACAGGAUUUGCAUGCCUCUGACUGUGAAGGAGUACCACGUGGGGCAGCUGUACAUGAUCAGCAAACACAGCCAUGAGCAGAGCGAUAAAGGGGAAGGUGUGGAGGUGGUCCAGAAUGAACCCUAUGAAGACCCCACUCAUGGCAAGGGACAGUUCACAGAGAAACGCCUCUUCCUCAACAGUAAACUUCCUAGCUGGGCUCGAGCUGUGGUUCCUAAAAUCUUUUAUGUCACCGAGAAGGCGUGGAACUAUUACCCUUACACCAUCACAGAAUAUACUUGCUCCUUCCUUCCAAAGUUCUUCAUUCACAUAGUGACCAAAUACGAGGACAACAAAGGCUCCAAUGAUAAUAUAUUUCAGUCCGAGCUGCAGGACCAGGAGAGGGACGUUUGUUUUGUCGACAUUGCCUACGACGAACUCCCUGAACGCUAUUACAAAGAGUCAGAGGACUUGCGAUACUUCAGGUCAGAGAAGACUUCGCGAGGCCCGCUUAAGGAGGGCUGGACGGACACGGAAAAUCCCAUCAUGUGCUCGUACAAACUGGUCACGGUCAAGUUUGAGGUGUGGGGUCUGCAGACGCGUGUGGAGCAGUUUGUGCAUAAGGUGAUUCGGGACAUCUUGCUGCUUGGACACAGGCAGGCUUUCGCUUGGGUGGAUGAAUGGAUUGAAAUGAGUUUGGAAGACGUGCGGGAUUACGAAAAAAAAAUGCACGAGGAAACCAACGAUAAGGUUUGCAAAGAGCAGUCCGCAGCAAAUGCACCUUCUGAGCAGUCCGCAGCAAAUGCACCUGAGCAGUCCGCAGCAAAUGCACCUUCUGAGGAUGAAGUAACGAGCCCUGAGGGAGAAGCAAGUACAUGACUAUGGAUGAGGUGAGAGAAUUUGAGCGGGCAAUCCAGGAGGCCACCAACCAGAAGAUUGGCGUUUUUCCCCCGUCCAUCUCCAUCAGCGAGACGCCGUUGUCCUCCUGUGCCCUCACCGGCCCCGCCAGCGCCCCCACCACCCCUUUGUGCACAGAUGCGCCCGAUUCCCUCUCCCUCCCCAAGGACCGGCCCCGUAAGAAGUCCGCCCCGGAAACCCUGACUCUCCCGGAUACGCCUCCAAGUGAUGUACAGCAGGGAUCAACUCCAAGGCCACUACCUUCUUCAAAUGACCUCCGGUCCUCCAAUCCUGAUCUUGUUGGAUUGGGGGACCAGUAAACCGACCUUGGAAUGUCUUCCCGUUGAGUUAAGUCUACCCGCCAAAGACUGGUGCCUGAAUACAGCCAUCCCUAACUAAAGAUAGCCAAGUCAUGAUUAUACACACCUAAAAGCAAGUCUAUUGUAUUUUUUUUUUUGGGUUUUUCAAAAAGUCUCACAUUCCCAUUUAUACAGAGCUGCUAACAGUCUAAUUCGUUAUGCUAGGCCAGUACCAUGCACUGCUUGUCCAGUCUUACUCAAAAGCUGAUUUUUUUGAAUCUUCCACUCAGCUUGUGCAGGGUUCGGGUCGACGGUGCGAGUUCUGGAUGUGUGAUCGCAGCAAAUUAGUGAAAGACUCGUUAUCAAGCGCAUCGGCAGCAACAGUCCUGUGUUCUGCACAAUCAUGAAGUUUUACAGCGUUGACAAUGUGAACGAUCGACCUCUUUUCACUUAGACAAACCGUCCUAUAAAGACAGGGGUCUCCAAUUAAAGAACUGUACAUCAGCCUACGUUUUGGUACUAAAACCAACUGGACAUAACCUACGCUAAUUAUUUAAGCUCCGUAUUGACCUGAGUACAAGUGUUUCUUUUAAGACCUGUUUUUUGGGAAACAAUAUUUCAAAGUACGACUAAAAACAAUCCAAGUCAUGUUGAAUAACUGGUAGAUUGCGAUACAUUAUGCCGUUUGAUGGGGUUGAUCACCAUGAUCUUAAAGUUGGCGUCCUACACAAACUCCUGUGUUUGCUAACAUGCUGCUGUGAAGAAAAGAUCUGACUGGCUUUCAGGGAAGUCCUUUGGCACCACCUUCUGGUUUGCACGUACAAAUCCAGACUCUGAAAAUCAGCUCCCAUUGACUAUAUCCACAGGAAAAGUGUUCUAGUCAAGGUAAAAACACCCUUAAGCUUUGUAUUAUAGAUGACCAAAUGCAUUUUUGUUUAGUAAUACUUUUAGAAUAAACAUCAGGCCGUUAAACACACACUUGGACACCCCUGUCUUUUGAACAAUAUCCUGAUCUCUAUGCCCUUCCACUUCAAAGACCUUAAACCUAUUUUUCUUGCACGGAAUCCCCUAGUCCUCAUGCGGGACUAGGGGAUAUCUUUUUAAGCAGUCGAACCGAGAAGAAUACGCCUACUCACCACCGAGCCACAAGGUCAUUCCAUUGCUGAUCGUCACGUUUGUAACCACGGACACAUCAGGACGGCUGCUAAUAACAGUUGGCGUCAUUUCACUGAAAAGACUUUUGGACUACAGGAUCAGUACAAUCAGUGUUCACGCCUCAGGUCUCCCUACUUGUUUAUAUACUACAACCCAGUCUGCAAACUCACAAUGUUUACAACAAUCAGAAACUGUUUGCCUUUGCAUAGUCAAGCCAUGGAGUGCACACGCGGUCUUGAAUACCUUUUUUUUUUUUUUUUUUUUUUUUUUGGGGAAGUCAUGAUCACAAAAAUACUGAAGUGUCCUCUAUGCUGGGAUGUCUGGCGGCGUACAGUGCCGUGCAAAAGUCUUAGGCCCACAUUAGAUUCCAUCUUCAUACUUUUUAAAAGGGAGUUUGUUGGCUGGAAAUGACAAACAUAUUGGGAGAUUGUCAACACAGAAGAUGUAUGAAACAAGAAAAUAUUUAGUCCACUCUACAAAGGCUGAAUGCUUAAUUGGAAACGGACAAUCAUUCCCCUUAUUCUGGUAAAUAGCUCCUUUCGUUGAUUCCAUAAUCACUGAAAUGGUUCAAAUGCAUUCCUCUAUCUGCACCUUUUUUGAUCCAGAUCCUCCAUAUACCGAAUAAUAAUGCUUUGAGUCUAAUUGACUGGCCUGGACUUUUGCAAAGUACUGUAAAUGUGAUUCAACUCUCUAUCCACUCAAUCACUUUAGUGCCAUUGUGGGAAGGAAAUGCUAUGUUCUGGGUACUUUUUUUUUUUUUUUUUUUUUAUUCAAAGUUUUCCCCCCAACAUUGUAACAUAUCGAAGUGUAAAGUGGAGGCUGACUUGUGCUGUUUUGCCUGCAGAGGAUGGCUUCUGUUAAUCACUGCUUUGGUGCUUGGUGAGGAUUGACCUAUCAACUAGAACUUUUCAAACCGUUUCCUGUCGCCAUCCGAAGCCCCCUUGCGGUCAGUAUUACAAAAAAAAUAUCAUUUUACCUUCUUUUUACACGGGGCAAUGACUAUUCAGUGAUCAAACGGCAGAAUUUCAAGUGCUUCUUCUAUAUGCUGCAUGGAAUGUCUCCUCUAUACCUUGCGUAUAUUCCAAGAAGGAUAUUUGUAUAUGGAUUUAUUAAUGAUGCACCUGUAUGGGGUGAAGAAGUGAAUGCCUCAAUGCUACUCCAUUUUAUAUUUUCAGCAUGCCAAGAGAAUAUGAACUGCAUGCCACGGUUACAUUCUCACCCAGUAAUCCCAAAUAUAGGUGCUUUUUCAUCUGGUUUUUGCCAAGAGUGCAAUCCGGGAACGUUUAGUAGGAUAACAUGCAGAAAUGACGCACAUGUGAAACACUGUAAUGACGCGGCUAUAGGUUUUGCAUAUUUUUUUUUCUUAAGCCGGUCUAUUUGCCGCAACAUUCCACGGUAGUGACGGCGAGUUGUUCGCGUGUGUAAAUCUCCCAACCCCAAACAUAAGAUCUUUUUUUUUCCAGAAAGGGACGUAUGCGUGUGUGGUUUUUCUUGUUGCGUGUGCCUUACUUUUUGUAUGAAAUCCUGCUAAAUUGUGAUAAUACACGCAAAUGGGCUAUUGCAUUACAUGGCAUGCAUAAGUUUACUUUUCUCACUUUGAGUUACCGUGCAUUUGUGCAAUGGUUAGGAUUUAGCUGGAAAUGGCAAAACAAAUUUUGAGAAAGCAGUCCUUUGCACUUAGGCCUUAAAAUGAACUGCAUUUGAUGUUGUUUUAGCCAAUUCCUCCUAAAAGAUACCACUGACACUGCUCUUCUUUUUGCCUUGUUUUGUAACGUUUUGCGUUUAAUUGUGAUUACAUUCCCGGAAAAGAAGCUAGUUCCCUUCCCCCUUGCUUCGAAAUCGCCAUCUGGAGUGCAAAUUUGUACGAUUUUGUUCUGUUGCGGUCUAACACGACAUGGUGACUGCAACGUCUUACUUGCCAUAAACGCUGUUUAAUAUUCUGUACAGUUUUUGUUGAAAGAGUUGUUGGUAGUUAUCAGUAACUCUGGCUUUUUUUUUUUUUUUUCGUAAACCUUUUUUUGAAUCGGCCAUCAUUGUUGGAUAUAAUGGAGUGUAUGUGCGUCGUCAGGGAUAUAUUUGCUACGUCACGGGCUGUUCCGGUUUAAACUAGCUACCUUUUUUCAGUUGUCCUGCUCUGUUUUAAAAGAGUAUUGUAAAUAUUGAUGUUUUUUUUUGUUGUUUUUCAUUGGAUCUGUUCAUGUGGAUGGCAGCUUCAUGAACGUGUGAAUCUGCGAGAGGAAUUUGUGAGUGUUUCUCGCCGUAAUAAUGGUGGACUUCUAACAGUGUUUUCUAUUUUUCGCAUUGUUUGUAACCGUUUUUUUGAGUGAAGUGGCGGAUUUGGUGGAUUCGGAUUUUCUUUUGGAGUAAUCCUGCUGUAACUUGAGGGAUAAAAUCCUUAAUUGAAGGACCAAGCCUUUUUUUUUUUUUUUUUUCUGUUGCACUUUGAAUCCGAUCUUUAACCUGACGUUACCCCGGGGUCUGUGUCACAAGCAAGAAGCUGUAAUUAUUGAACUACUUCCUGUACUUUUGUCCACUUGUGCUUUGUGUAAUGGGCCCCAAAAAAGUGUUCAUUGGAGAGUUGAUUCAUCGGCUUCUUUGGUAAUGUAAUUGUUUCACUAUUAUGAGCUAGAUAAAGGAAAUAAA